AUGAGCUCUGUGUGCUUAUCCCUCGUUGCCAAUCUCCGAUGCUCCGGUCUCAGACCACAACAGGCUAUCGGGAUUCUCGUACCUCCUUUUGUUGAAGCUUUACUCCUUUCUUCUCUAAUCUACACCCAGAAAGAUAAGGGCAGGAAACACUAUCUUCUGGUUUUCGAUUCAUACAUUUUCGCCGCACUAUGCUUGGUUGAUUUCAUAGGAAAGGCUAAUGCCUCCAUCGCCAACUCGCUCUCAGAUUUCUCCGUCGUCGACCGCCUCGUCGGAGGCCUCUCGGGCUUUCCCAUCCUCCUCUACCUCUUAUUCCUCUACAUCUCCUCGAGACGUUUCUUACUCCCCGUCAUCCCUUCACGUUAUGCAUGGACUAUCAAGAUCUUACUGACCCUCCUUGUACCAAUUAUCCUCGUCUUUGUCGAGUUGGGUUCUUUAUUGG